UAUAAGCCUGCUGCCUUCUUCCUCCUCCUAUCCCCUGGCCACCUUCCAGCCUCCUCCGUUCAGCCUCCUUCUCUUCCAGACAGUCCUCACUUCUUUCCCCCUAGGCUGCAGCCAGCUGGAGCCCCCUGCCUAUCUGAGCCAGGAGCCCAGGUGGGGUAAGAACCUCAGCCCCAGGAUGUUGACAACAUUGCUGCUACUUCUGCGUCUGCUGCUCCUGCCGGGCUGGGCCUUUUGUAGCCAGGAAGCCUCUGAUGGCCCUUGGAACCUCCACAUGCUCCAGAUCUCCUACUUCCGUGACCCCUAUCAAGUGUGGCACCGGGGCAACGCGUCGCUGGGAGGACUAAUGACGCACGUGCUGGAAGGCCAGGGCACCAACGUCACGAUCCUCCAGCUGCAGCCCUUGGAGGCGCCCGAGAGCUGGGCGCACACAGAGGACCGUCUGAAGACCUACCUGAAAGAGUUCCAAAUGAUGGUGCAGCUUGUGCACCAUGAGCGGCACUUGACCUUUCCUCUGACCGUUCGCUGCUUCCUGGGCUGUGAGCUGCCUCCUGAGGGCUCUCCAGCCCAAGUCUUCUUCGAAGUGACUGUGAACGGGAGUUCCUUUGCGAAUUUCCAGCCAGAGACAGCCUUAUGGGUAGCAGGGCCCCAGGCACCCUCCAAGGUGGUCACCUACACUCUGUAUCAGCUCAACUCCUACAAUCGUACUCGGUACGAACUGCGAGAAUUCCUGCAGGACACCUGUGUGCAGUACCUGCAGGAAUAUAUCACUUCGAAAAACUCAAAAGGGAGCCAAACAGGCCGUUCCUACACUUCACUGGUCCUGGGUGUCCUGGUGGGCAGUUUCAUCAUCGCUGGUGUGGCUGUAGGCAUCUUCCUCUGCACAGGUGGACGGCGGUGUUGAUUACUCUCCAGCCCCCCUCUGAAAAAGGGCUGGACUGAUGGGGGCUGUCAAGGGAAGAUCUCAGCUCAUGACAAAACCAAACAGAUUCCCCAUCUGGGACGUUAUAUCCCAGAAGGUUUGGCGUGGCAGCUCCUUUUCCCUGAUCUGCCCACCAAGAGUUUGGGGGAGGGGAAGGGAAGGGAGGAAGCUAGGUAGACAGAGUUCUUGGUUUGCUGAGCACCUAAGAACUUGCAUGCUUUGCUGAACUGGUCUGAGAAGCGAAUGCUUAUCUAUCUUUGUGGAAAACAGAUGAUGGAGUUGGGUGGGAGUGGGGGAUGUCUAUGACACAUCCUUCAUAGACAGAAUUACCUGAGGCAUUCAAAACACCUAACAAAUACGAGAAGUCUAUCCACAACCAAAAUAAGCAACAUUCAGUGCUUCCAGGCACAUCAGACUUGGGAUGGGACGCUGGUAAAAAUGGAGGUAGACAGAAAUGACCAGAGAAAUGGUGAAAGUGUAAAAUAUAAGUAAUAUGGGAGC